AUGACGACGUCACCAUCUUCAGCCCUGACGGGCGUCAUCAUCGGCCUGGUGUCUUCCUUUGGCUCCAUCGUCCUCAUCUUUCUCGUCAUAUUCAUCUUCUGGGCGUCUGGAUGCGCUGGCUCUGGUCGAAUCAUUCUCGAUCGCAUCGGCCGACCGGGUGAAUAUGACGACGAACAGGCGUUUGCGAGGGAAGAGGCCGAGGCCUUGGAGAACAUGGACGACAUGUCCAGGACGGAAUACCUGAGAGCUAAAGCAUUCAUCACUGCGAACCCUCCAGAGUCUGCGCAAACCGAUAUUUCGCUCUCACAGUACCUUGCUAUCCAGGAAAAGGGUGUGUCGGCCUGGGAGUUUGAGCCCGAGCUGGAAAUUGCAAAUUGCUUCGUCCAGGCCCGAACCGAGAUUGAGUUUUUCGAUUCCGAAUGCACCGUCAUGAGCAACCUGCCCGUACCCAAGCAAAACGACGUCUACUACUGGGAGGCCAAGAUCUACGAUAAGCCCGAGAACACGCUUGUUGCUAUUGGAAUGGCCACCAAGCCAUACCCUCUCUUUAGACUGCCUGGUUUCCACAAGUACUCUGUUGCCUACCAUUCAAACGGUUCACGACACUACAACCAGCCAUUCAGUCGAACCCCGUAUGGCCCUCAGAUUGUCACUGGCGAUGUUAUUGGCGUUGGCUACAGACCUCGAACAGGUGUCAUCUUCUUCACACGAAACGGCAAGAAGCUCGAGGAGGUGGUUCAUGGCUUGAAGUCUCAGAAUUUCUUCCCGGCCAUCGGAGCCAACGGGCCCGCGACAGUUCAUGUCAACUUUGGUCAAUCUGGUUUCGUCUUCAUUGAGGCAAAUGUCAAGAAAUGGGGUCUGGCCCCUGUCACUGGCAGCCUGGCUCCCCCGCCCCCAUACGGUUCUGAACAAGGAAGCAUUCUUCUGGAGACCGGUACCAAGGAUGGCUUCACCUCUUCGCAAGGCCGGGCUCAUCGACACUCCGUGAGCGGCACGCCAUACAGCGUUAGAGUGGGCGAAAAUGAUCUCAACGUACAGCACGGACGAUCACGCAGCGGGAAUUUCAGGGUUCUCCCUCCCACUAGCCCCGGUCCUGUCAGGAGUCCAACCGACAUCUCGCUUGCCCAGCUUGUGCCAUCCGAUGAGGGUGGUGAGGCCAGCAGCAGCACACACCCUGCCCACGAACAGCAUUUUGACGGUAACCCGCUUCAUCUCCACCUCGAGGAUGCCACCAACCCGCCGCCCGAUUAUUCAAGUCCAACCUAUACCGAAAAUCGCAAUCGUCGAUAUAGCACCGAUAGCGAGGAUGAGAACGCCCCUCUUAUCCAUGUCGUGACUCGCAGCAGGGGUGAGUCUUCGGCAACGAUAAGGCCUGCAGGACAUGGCCAACCCGCCCCGCCCCAAGAUCCUGUCCCAAGCUACAGCGACGCGAUACAACAGGGGGCGAGUCCGAUUCGACGUGAACGAAGCAACAGCUCC